GUUACUGAAUUAAUCUGCCGUGCGUGCGUGCAUGAGACUCAAUCUGCCGCCACAUCUCCCAAAAUAGCAUUGACGAUUUUGAUUUCAAGUUCAGUAAAUCUACCGAGCAGAUGGAAUCCAACAAUCAAAUGAAUGGCAAUAUGGAUGACAACCUAGAGAAGACCGUACCUGAUGUGUCCUUUGAAGGGGUCAAGCUGAGCCUCGAUUCCAACAAUCUCCUCGAUGAGAACAACCCUGGUGUUCAAGGAACCGAGGGCCAGGCCACUCCUGUCGACAAUUCUCAACCAAGCCCGAUUAACUCUGGAGGAUUCUACUUUGCUUCCCAGGCUGGUCGUUUGGAAGCAGCAGCUUCUGCAUGUCAGCUGUCCCUCAUCAACGAGGAAGAGGACGGCAAGCUGGAGGGGGUGUGGCUCCUGACUGAGAUCGACCAUUGGGACAACGAGAAGGAGCGCAUCGCCGCGGUGACACAGAAUUCCCUCUACCUGGUCAAGUUUGAUUUCAUCACGAACCAGGUCAAGAGCUACAGGAGGAUUAUGUACAACAUGCUGAGUGCAAUUCAGAAGGGAAACUUUGUGUAUCCGGAGAAGACGCUUGCACCACCACGUGCAGGCGAGGGGGUCAGGCUUCACUGGAGCAGUGGACGUGCAUUGUCGGUCCUCGAGAAGUGGAACCCGUUCAGUGAUACCAUCCCGUACACCACACUCACUAGCCAUCCGCUGGAGACCGAUGAUACAAGACAAGCACAGAACUACCAGGUCAGCCAUUUCUACAACACUCUCCAGCAAGCCGUGACCACCUGCCGAUCGGAGCGCCACCCCAACCUCCCCCCUGUGACACUCACCCAAGUUCCCAUCGAGCUUGAGAUCUACCUAGGGCUCUCCAGCAUGGUCUACAACCAAAGCAAGCUUGGGUUCUUCAGGGAGAGGGGCGGCGUAAGCUUCUAAGAAACCUCCCAGUGUGAAUGGGGUUCAUGGUAUGUACGCUCCUCUAGGUUAUUCACAUAUGACACACAUUCAUACUGUUGUUAUAAUAUGGUAUAGUCAUAGAUUUACAUGUAAUGUAGAGAAAAGUGUAAAUAGUAUGAAUGGAGUGUAUGGUUUCUGUUUACCUGGGUGUGUGUUAUGCUUAUCACAUUUAUACCGUUAUAAAAUUUGUGGAUGCAUCAAAGAAGUAAAUGGUGGUGUGUGGGGGGUUUUUCAACAGAUGGAGAGCAUCAUAUGAUAGACUUUAUAUACAGAUUGUAUCCUUACAAAGACGUUGGUAUGAAUUACAUGUGUGUACCUAUGCGUAUCACUAUUAGAAUAAGGUGAGCUACCAGCAUUCUUUAGGGUCACAGAACUUUUAAAUUGGAAUAUAUCAUCGUCUUUCAUCUUAAUAGAAUAGUGAGAAGUGGAUGAAUUCUUGGGUAAUACAUUGUACGGAUAUCAAGAAGAAAAAAAUCCACCAUUUUAUUUUGCAACUUGAUCUCAUAAAUCUAACAUGUAUGUGUUGUUCAUGUUUAUUGUAGCUUUACAGUCUUGAAUCUGUACCACAUUAUAAUCAAUCAUGAAUUGAAAUCAGUUGGCAUCAAUAUAAAAGAAUGUAUAGAGACAUGCUACAUUGUACAUGUACAUGUAGUUGGAGUUCAUGUUUAUUGAUUAUCAAUGAUAAUCCAGUCUUUUUCAUACUGUACAUUCACACAGGGCGGAGUUGUGAAUAGUGUGAUUACAAUAAAUCAAUUUGAUAUGGUAACUAGUAACUAGUACGUGUACCUUUUCCCUCAUUUUAUAGUGGUUGAUAUUGCAUACAUGUACAUGUAUGUAAAUUGAGUGGCCAUGGUUGCACAAUGCGUAAUUAUUUCUUUAAUGAAAUAAUCCCAUUGUGGUAAUGUACGAAAGGUGAUCGUGAUUAUGAUAUUGCUUUGAUUAUUCAUGUAUAUUUAAAUGCAGAGUCUGAAUACAGGGGCGGAUCCAGCUUUUUAUAAAGGGGGGGGUUGGGGUGGUAUGCGAGGGAGCGUAGCGAUCGAGUCCAAGCGAGCGGAGCGAGCGAGGGGGGAGGGUGUGGGAGGGGGGUGUCCCCCCUCCCACAGUAGGGAAAAUUUUUGAAAAUCUGUGUGUGAAAAUGGAAUAAAUACAUAGAAAUAGAAUAAAAUAAAAUUACAAGUUU